AUGGAUCACCACACUCCUUCCACUAACCCUACCUUAUCUCAAUUCUCUUCUUCAAAAUCAAACAAAAGUUUAAACAAAGAGAAAAAGGGUGGUGCCAGAAAAUGCAAAGGAGUGAGGCUCUCCACUGACCAACAAAGCGUGGCGGCGAGAGAACGAAGGCACAGAAUCAGUGACAGGUUCAAGAUCCUGCAGAGCAUGGUCCCCGGUGGAAGCAAGAUGGACACGGUGUCCAUGCUGGAAGAGGCCAUUCAGUAUGUGAAGUUCCUCAAGACCCAGAUUUGGCUUCACCAAACCAUGAUCAACUUCAUGGACAAUGAUAAUAACAAUAAUAAUAACUAUGAGUCUUCUUCUUCACUACCCUCACCUUUGUUACACCCUAAUAGGGAUAAUUGCUAUUAUUUCCCUUCUGAACAGUUUUUUUCACCUCAGCCAAAUGCAGUGUUUGAUUAUGAUAACAUGCAGGAUUUGGCACAAUGCAGCUUCCAAGGUGAAGACACGACCUACAUUGAUGCCUCUUUGAAAUAUUGGCCAGCGUGA